AUCAGUUAUUUUACGCCAGCACUCGUACUGGAAAGAGAGCUUCGUUUCGAAUCCGCUUUACAAAGGUAAGUCUCGUCUAAGAUUGUUUCUCUGACAGUUCUUGUGCUUUAUUUAGGUACUUAAUCCAAUAAAAUGUUAUUCAUUUGUCUUACAGGGAUCAAAAUGGGUUUCAGAGUGAUUAUUCUACUGGUUUGUCUGUUUGUUACUCUGACUGCAGCCAGGAAAUUCAGUCUAAAUUCUUUCCGCGGCGGUUCAGAGGUAUGUCUUCUUCAUCCAGAAACGUUUAAGUAAUAUUUGUAUUGUGAAAUACACGCUACAAAGCAGGCACAGAGUUAGUUUCACAUAUCUAGAAAGUCGAUUCUAUCAUUGCAUACUGAGAACGUACGCUGAAAUGGCAUGAGUGCGCGAUGAAUUAAUAUGUAAUUAAACAGAAGAGCGCGCCACAUUCUUGUGCGAUUAUUAUAAUUGAAAAAGUAUGAUAAAAAACAUAUGAUAAACGCGUCGUGAAUCAAAGUGAAGAGCGCACCAGUGAUUUUUUUACUUUAUUUUUCACGCCCUUUACGACUGGAAAACUGGAGUUCGAGCGAAAUGGUAUGGGGCGUGAUUUCCUAGAUCCAGCAUAAUUACGGGAAUUAUUAAGCCCGUUUUCUAUCAAAAUAGAGCGCACCAUUUUUUCGCGGUGAGGGUAAAGGCGGAAUGAGUUUGCGGAAUGGCAUGUAGCAUGGCUUAUGGAAUGACAUAAUUAUGCGGUAUUUAAUAUAUGCAGAAUGACUCAAAUAAAUAAAUUAAGCUGAAAAUUGCGCCCUUUUUCUUAGCGCCGAUCAAUUCACAAGCAACCGCUUUUUCAACGUUGCGGGCUCGACUACGAUAACAAUGAAAAGCCAGAAAGGAGCCCUUAAUUUGUCACGGUCGAUAAGCUUUUUUGGACAGCCACAAAGAUUCCACUUGCCUUUAUUACUUAAAAGUCGGGCUGGAUGACAGCACCGAUACCACAUCGCGAAAGUUGGCCAUUAGAGAAAAGAUGCUUUGGAAGGUCAGGCUCCCUUCUGCUUUACUUUUUUUCUGCAAAAGACAUUUGAUAUUUACCAUUAUUUGCAUUUAAAACCGCCUGAGAAGUAUUUCUUUUCCAUACAGUGGGUCGCGUGAUCCUGAUAUAAUAUAACUGAGAGAUCGAACAUAUCUUGUAUUUUGUUUCCUUGGCUGCGUGGUGAAGUUUCAGGCACGCGAAGCUAACAGCCGGCGAAGAAGCGAGAGCUCGAAUCCUGUCCUGGCAGAGCUCGAAUCCUAUCUUCUUUUUCACUUUCUUUCUUUUUUUAUUUUAUUUUCUUCCUUUUCCUUCCUACUUUUAGUAUUUUUUUUCACGAUCAAAUAUGCACAUACUUACACAAACAAGGUGUGGGGGGGGGGGAAGGGGGUGCGAAGAGACGAGGAAGGGCCGAAAGGAGACAGAGAGCAGUUCGCUUCACUCGAUUUGUGGAUUACGGAUUAAUGUUUGACUCGAGGCUUUCAUUUAGUCUCAAAUAUGAUCUGAUUCGUUCACCGUAUUAAAAUUCCCCAGAAUUAUAGCUAGCCCGACUUCAUGUUCAGCGAGCAUUCUUUACCCUCUAGCUUAUUUCUUUAUUUCGUUUCGGACUAACAAGUCUGCCUCGUUCCCAGGGUCCUCUCUCUUCCUCCUUUCCGUUUUACCUCGUCCACCGUUACAAUGAUUUUCUAUGUAAUGAGGAGGGUAAAACCUCAAUAGAAGACUCGACAUGUUUUGGUACCUUCACUGCGCUUCACUGGAAAAGAGACGUGAGUAAAGAACUGUUUCAGUUUAUUUUGGAAACAAGUUAUCAAUCGAUAUCAGGUAUUGGUGCAUCAGCUGUAAUAAACGGGCCGGCAAAGCGGUUGCUCCUUCAAACUGGCGCCAAAAAACCGCGGCAGAGACGCGCGCAUGACCCUCACCCUCACCGACUUUUUCGCGCCCAUUCCAACUGCAAGAGAACUUACCGAAAGUAUAUUAUCUACUCGUUUUAUUUUCUUGCCAGAAAUUGCCGCUACUUUCAUCGUAUUCACCUUCAUCUAGAGACAGUUUAAUUAUGCUAAGUGAUCGCUCUUCGGUCAAAUUAUUUUUGAAUUUAUUUUACACAUAGAUCGAUUUUCAUUUUUACAUCACACGAGUGAUGUAAACAGCGCAAUGGACCAAUCAGAACUCUCUUGUUUAUCUCUUGUUUGAUAUUUUUGCGCAUAGUGCACAUCAGUUCCAACUGGAAAACUGGAGACCAAAUGGGUGAUAGCCCAAUCAUUGGUUGAGGAUUAGCUCUUGCAACUCUGUAUAACUUACACAAACAAGUGCACCUCUUUCUGGCAAAAGCGCUUUUAUCCUGACUGGAAUCGAAGACUGUCAGUCUUUGACUUUUAAAGUCUGACUUCGGUAACCGACAAUCUUUUAUGAUUAUUUGACUACAGGAACAACAGCGCUAUGACGCAAUAACAAAAUCAGCGCUCAAACUUCAAAAUUUCACUGCCUAGAUCUAGUAAAUGUCCAGUUAAAACAAAAUAGUCAGGGAGAUAUAAAGAUUACAAAGAAUGGUUGUAUGAUUAAACACCACUUCAGUUCAAAAAAUACAGUUCGUUAAUUCCCUACAUUGCUCAGUUUGUCAUUACCGACUUUUUUUCUUCUUAAUUUUUCACUCCACAGUUUUGCAUAAGCAUUUAUUUUUAUUGAUAAAUCGAGAUAAACCGAUGGUCACAGCUGAGCCUUCUGUACCAAGUUCACGGCUAUUAGGCCUGGGUUCGAAACUGUAUCCUAGCAACAUGCGGCGCAUGCUCAACAAAGAUCUUACUUGUUUCAGGUAGAGUCUUUCUCGAGUACGCCAAAAUCAAAUAAGCAAAAGAAAGGCUCUACUGUCAGGGAACGAGACGAAGUGACGGUAAAAAAGCAUAAAAGAAUGAGGACAAUAUCCAGCCAAUCUUGACACUUGACAGGACAAGCUUGGUCAGCGAAGGAUUUAUUAGACGGCCAAAAAUAAAACUUUCUUCGUGCAGGACCAAAGAGGGUAAUCCCGAGCGGGUAAGAUGUGCGGGCCCAUCUUGCUAUCUUGCUUACUCGAGAUUCCUUUCAUCUUACCCCACCGAGGAUUUAGACAUAAAAUCUGUCCGGCAAACAAUUAACGAAAGAAUUAUAUUCAUCAGUGCAUGCAUAAAUUACGCUUUUCCGAAAACUUAUCGUGUCAGGCGGCAUGUGUUACGAAGGUACUACAGCACUGAACUGCAGAGGAUAAGAAACUUAUAAAUUCAUAAAAAGGACUUUCACCUAAUAUCUGUCUCUUGUUUCAGCUGGAGUUGUUGAGAAUGACGGAAUUUGUGGAGCUGAUACUACAUGCCUUCACAUUGACAGCCAUUAUGGAUCGGCGGCAGGUUGCUGCUGGAACACUUGUGAAGGCCAACAAUAUUACAACACCCACUUCAGCAGUUACGAUUAUAAAUGUUCAAGCGGCAAAAUAUGCUGUGGGUAUAUGUCGUUUGGAAAAUAAAAAGGACUUGAGGUAAAUACCCUUGGGGCACAUAACUCUGCUUCUGCACUGAAACCCGGACUGAAACACCAUGCAGUAAAUAAACCAAAUUGUGUUUGAUAAGAAAGCCGCCCUUAUACUCUUGUUUUUCAUUAUUUGUAUCUCAGGCUUUGUUCACGCACGGUACAUUUUCGACCGGUCGAAAAUUCGUACGAAAAUAUGAACGCGAAAAUCGAGGUCAAAUUUUUGACCGGUGUGGUCGAAAAGUAUGAAUACUAUGACCGGCUAAUUUUUGCAUGAUGCGUGGUUACUCAGCUGGAAAAAAGAGAGGAAGAUUGCAAACAAAUAUUGCGAACAUGGAUUUAUGAGUCGUGUUAAUACUUGCUUUGUUUGAAAAUAUUACGAUUUAACAGUUGCGUGUGAACAGAGCAAAAAUAUUGGACGGUUCCGAGUGAACAAAGUGUCCAGUCAAAUUGUUCAACAGAUGGAAAAUUUGACCGUCACCGCGUUAACCUACAGUCUCAGAGUUUCUUUUUUUACUGAUAUUUUUCCGCUCAAAGAAAUUCAAACAAUAAGCAAUAUAACUGAUAAUUUGAAUUAAGUUGCAAAGAAACAAAAUGGUAAUUUGUUUGAUGGUACUUAAGUAUAUGUUAAAGGAAGACUCAAAAAACGUUUUGGUUUUAAUGGAAUCUGAGCUUACUCGUAUCAUUCACUGCUGAAAAAGUUGCCUCGUCCGAAAGUUUAGUCUCCCUUUCAGUGGUAGCCAAGUCGCCACGUUGAUAAAAUAUAAUUCAAAAUGUUAUCUUUUUUGUCUUUUUCAAUAGCAAUGAUGAAGGGCCUCGUGGAAGAAAUACGUUGCUGUAAAAUGGAGCACUGGGCAUUUGUGUGUUAAUCUUAGCACUGACGAAAUUUUAAUUAAACACCAUGUUAUAAAAAUGCAAUUGUUUUCUUCCCUUUAAUUGUAUGAUGUUUUAAGUGCAGCGCCCCAGCACUUGUUUAGUUUUCGCCCGUGAGCAUCGAAGUACUACCCACCAAUACGAGAGGAAUCAUAUCCUCCCGACACGCAUAAGUCGCGAAAACAUCUUUUCCCUGCCGAUCCUUGAGCAAAAUUCAAGAGACGAAUUUUCUGCCCCCUUCUAAGCUCCUUUAUGUCCGGGAAAUCUCGCAGACCGUUAUCAAAAUUUUUUGUUGAAGAUGAUUGAUUGAUGGCUAACGUCACAAGGUGAUGGUGGAACUAUAGCUCGUUCUAGAAAGGUCAAUAAUCAAUACUGACGCCAUUUGAAAUAUUAGUCCCUACAAUUUAGUCCUUAAAUUUCGAAAGCCUGGAUCUGUUUUAAGCUUUCAAAAGUGUUUCUUUGUUCGUUAGAUGUCUACCUCAAAGUACGAGAGGCAAACUGAGAAGCAAAUUCUCUAUGAUGCAUUGUCAGCAGAUUACUAAGGAGUCCCCAAAUCUCAACAUUAUUUGACAUCAUAUAAACGUUAUUACUAUUCAUUCAAAAUGUCUCGCUGUUUCUGAUUAGUUCCAAUCCCCCGCUCAUUGAUCAUAACCAACAGGCGCUGACCAAAUUUGGAUUGAUUGGAAAUGGAAUUGCUUGGGCAAUAGAAAGUAAAAGACAUUACGUCACGUUGCAAGGGUAAUACGUUUCUGGAUCUCAACAAACGGUGGUCCUGUAAAUUUGGCAGGAAAAAACACACGAAAAAAUUGACAUGUAUGACUUUUCUGUGCAUGAUUGCAAUUAGGAACAAAACGGUAGACGAUACUUUUCUUCAAUUGUUCGUCUAUGCAACUGGCCGUCUCUCUCAAGAACGAUUGUUGAGAUCCAGAAAUUUUGCUACCAUGGUAACAUGACGUCAUACUUCUCCUCUCAGUGUAGAACAUCCAUUAACAAGGACCAUAGAAGAUGUUCUUUCUCCAACCAUUUGUGAAACCAUAGUUUGAAACUGAAAAUAUAUAUCAUAAAUGCUGAGAUAUGUAAACUGUGGAUUAUCAGUUGAGUCUAUCAGACUAUCAAGUUCUCGGUUUGUAAUCAAAUGAUGUUAUGGUAACCAAACAACAGCGAAGCCCCCAAAAGCGACCAUGUCACCCAAAAUUUGAAAAGUUAGUGGUCGCUAACUGGAGGUUGUCGUCUAUGAGAAUGGUCCCGAUACCGUAUCCACUUUUAAUUACUUUUUUUUUAAAGAGACUUUAAUUUAUUGCAUGCAAUAGGCCAUUUUACUACUACUGCCAGAAUCCCUCCUUACUCUGCUUUCCUUUGCAGUACUUCACCAAGAGAAAAUUUUGGUGUUGUGGUUGCUCACGGGAGGUGGUAGACUGCUUACAGUCCCCCUUAUCUCUUAAAAUCCGUUCAGUUCUCAUCUCAGCCAGCACGAUUGCAAACCAUGACGUUAUCUUACAAUAAGGGAUUGGAACGAGACGAGAAAGACGCCCUCGUUUAUCGUUGCUCGCGUUCUUGGGUUUUUUUCGCGGUAACUUUGCAAAGAAAAAAAAGAGACUGCUCGUAGUCUGGGGAGGUAGUCGCUUACGAGAGGUGGUCGCACAUGGAGGUUCGCCUGGCCAAUUACGGUAGAUUUACCGCUGAACAAAAGCGCUGAUGAAGAACCUUGUACAGCUGGAUUUAAUGGAAGAAACACGUUGCAGUUAAGUGGAGCACCUAGCACUUGGGAUUUUUUAACUGCUUGACUACCAAUUUUCAACCUUAAAGAAAUACACUUAGACGUGACUUUCUCGAAAUAUCAGUAUUACAUGCAAACUAGCUUUGUAGAUUAAAAUUUGAUAUGCAGUUAGGUUUUUGAAGAUUGGAGCAUCCCUAGCAACGCAACAUUGCUAUAGAAAACUUUCGUUGUUUGGUAUUUGCCAAAAGAAAAGAACUCUUCAGUAAAAUCGCUCAAAAGUAUGAACACUGCAUGCAUGUAUAGGUAGCACUUCGGCCAAGUUUGGUUGAUUUCUAAGAGAGCAUUUUGGAAUAAAGCGCGUCUGUACGUAAAUUAACCGUUAGUUAAAAUAACGACUCAGCAAAAUGCUGACAACUGUUUCCCCACUGCAUUAUAGAAGGUUACCUGUUUUAGCUUUCAACCUUUGACAUUGUAAAGAAAUCGGUUUAUUUGAUCUAUUGCUUUUUACUUAUAAUUACUGCACUAUUUUUAGCAUUUCUGCAAAAAUGAAUAGGAUCGUUUACUCUAUUUGUUUAUUUUAACAUCUGUAGAUGAUUUUUCGUUAAAAUUACUGGAGUUUUCUAUAGGUUUCUAGGAGACUAUAUUUCAUAUAUUUUAUAUUUAAAUAUUAUAUAUACAACCUCUUUGUGUGAUGACGCACGUUGACGCGCGAUGUGAAUUCGGAGAAAAGUAUAAUCUCGAACCAUCGAAAGAUCAUUAACAGACCAAUUUUUUGUGUUCCAUUGAAGAUAAUUACAUUCACAAUGUGAAAGGGGGAAACAAAGAACUUUUCACUUGAAAAUUUAACAUAGCAACUCCAUAUGUUUUAUGGGAAUGCAAUUUCCUGAGAACGAAAAGUGAUAUUUCAACUUAUCUUUUCUGUCUGGUUAGAGCGACACGUAACACCCAGUCAUCAAAUGACGGAUAAUAUGACUCGCAAAAUUUGCGAUUCAGCUUAGAAAAUGGCCUAAAUCCAUUUGUUUUCCUAGGUUCGAGGUAAGUUGUACGUUCUUAUCAAGGGUUGCUCUUCAGUAGUAGUUCAGUAGUGUAAUUGGAAAAAAAAAAACAAAUUGAAAAGUUGCAAAAAGUCCCGUUUCCAUUUCCAACCACCUAUUUGUAACAGUUUCUACAUUCUGGAAGCCCUCGACAAAUCAAAUUAAGUCUCUAGCAGCCCCCAAAACGCUAGUCUGCUACACAGCCGUUUUUAGGGUCGUCACGCAAUGCUCCUCCCCACAAACGGCUGCUGCGGCUCACGUAUUGUCAAAUUUCUCAUACAUUAUUGGCUUGUUCGUUAGACCACAAACACAAAGGGAAAGGAAUGUAGUUCGGUUUUCAGCAGCCGUUUGUGGGGAGGAGCGUUGCGUGACGACACUAAAAACGGCUGUGUAGCAGACUACCAAAACGCAGAACUUUAUUGAUUAUCAACACAAGUAUUAAAAAUAUUGUAUCUUUAUACAAGACUAAGGAUAUAUAAUGGCAUGAAAACGUGAAAAUUUGGCUAAAAAACUCGAUUUGUUAUUGUUAGCAUCCCAUGAGAUCUUUUAAAUUUCAUUUUGGUGACGAUUAAUUCUUUAUUAUUCAUUCAAAAUAUUUCUUCGUUUCUGAUUGGCUCAAAUCUUACGGCUUAUCCUUCAUAACUGUCUGUCUGUCUGUCAUAACUGUUUAGGUUUACGCUUUUUUUUUCUCGUAUAUUCUUGCAUUAAUUUUUCUCACUUUUUCUUUUUUGUUUUUUUUUCGUUUUUGUACUUGCACGUUCCUCAGCCUUAUCUAUGUUUAUCCUAUUUAAUGAUCAUUUUCGAUGUUGUAAAGAAAUUAUAUGUGCUUAGUUAAAUUGUCUUGCCGAUGCCAGUGUUAAUUUAUUAAUUAAGUCAUGUAUUUUUAAAGGUGGUCUUAUUCAUAAGCCUCAUUGGCUUCCUUGCCUCAUCUUUUUUAAUUUCAUGGAGAUAUUUAACUUAAAUGGCAAAAUGAUAAUAAAAUAAAAUAAAAAAUAGCGUUGACCAAAUUUGGAAGACGAUGGUGAUAUCCUAUAAAAUUACGCCCAUAGUAAACCCCAGUACAGGCCAUCGCUAGACUGAAAGAGGACAGCAUCCGAGAAGCCCGCGUGUUUACGUUACAGCUGGCAAGAAAAAAUGGCGAACAUUUUCACACGUUUUACGAAGACGAAACAGCGGAACUACUGCCUAAAAACAUAGUAAGAACAGCAAGAAUAAUACUCAACGCAUGACAACUGCUAUUGGAACAAUAUCAGUCUUCUAGAUUAAAUAUCCAUCCCUUUUUAUUAAAAACUGAAUCAUUGGAUAGUGCAAUGCUAGAGCUCUGAUUGGCUAAGCCAUCACUUAAUAUAAGCCAUUAUACCAUGCUCUACAAACCUAUGGUGACUGCAUGAGUCCGCUCAAAAUUAAAAACAAGCUGAAAAUCAGUUGUUUUUACAACUAAAGUCGGAAAAUUCUCGAUACUUUGUGGGCGUUUUUAUUCCACAAUUAUUCCACUCGCGCUUGUUGGAUAUGAGAUGAACAUAGCCAACUAGGGGCUACGCGCCUCGUUGGCUGUCUCGUGGAAUAAUUGUUAAAUAUACUGCGAAUUUGCCAAGAAACAGACGCCUGAAGGCAGAAAUUAAUUUAACAUCGAUCGAGAUAAGCGUGGCUUAGCUUGUUUAUAAACAAGGAAUUAUUUUCAUUGAAAAAUAAAACAAUUAUUGGAUUCGGCUUUUGCUGAUGAUCUGAAGAAUUACUAAGAUCUCGCCUGGAAAGUGUUAAACGCCUCGGUCUUGGUAAUGCAUUCAGAUCAUAUGAAAGCAGAGUCCAAUAAUUGAUGAAUAUCCUCCAAAAUAAAUUGUUAAAAGUUUCCACGUAAAACAUCACGCACCGAGCUUUUCUUUCUGGUGUCUCUUUCAUUCGGAUUGGUUGAUUCCCCAAUUUCCCCCGUUUAUUUUCUCGCUUCCUUUAAUACAACUUUCUUCACAAAUUGGCUUUAAUAUAAUAAAGCUCCUGCCUAAUUUUUAUCUUUUAUUUCUUCACAUCGAAUUUUAAUAUCCACCCCUUCAUCAGUAAAACCAGUCAGGUAAUCAUAUUAAAACGUUUCUAAAUAGAUACACAUCGAAAAAUUCCGUGCUGGGUGCGUGAAAGUUUGAGUCGUUUAUGCAUUAUCCAAGUGCGUGGGUGUAGUUUUGUGGAUGUUUAGGCUAGGAGUAAAUCACUUUAAAUAUCACUUUUAGAAGACCUCCAUCAUGGAAAAGAUCGCAAUUUUGCAAUUUUACGCAAACAGAGAUGGUCGGCAAUUGCGUUCUCUUAUUUGGAUUUAACACUUCAAUUGCUGUUCAAUACUGAGUUUUUGAAGUAAAAUUUUCCUUGUAAUUGCUACAGAAUUAAACGAAAAGGUGUUAUUUUCAAUCAUGCAUUCUAAAUCAUAUACCUUCCGGCGACGUAUUAAUUUGCCAUCGACUUCAAAGAAUAAAUGUUAUAUUCGUUAACACUGCUUCCAACAUCCCAACCAAUCACACGCAAAUACAAAACUUUUAACAUAGUAAACACGACCCUAAACAACCAAAGAUGAAAAAAUGGCUAAUACAAACUUUACUUGUGUUCUUGUUUAUUCUUUUAAAGUUCAAAAGUGAUUUGUUCCUCCAAGAAAAAUGAAAAGCUAAAAACCGUUUUAAGACCAAGCCAGCAUUGAAUAUGAGAGUUUAAUAUUCGUGUUUAGUCUUGAUAUUUAAUGUGGCUAUUAUAAUUUUUUUCUAUUUUAAUUUUAGGCUCAAAUAACUAUUGUCUGAAUGGGACGACACCAUUAAGAGCCUAAUGCCAAAGAUGGAACCUAUAGUUUAAUAGGUUAAAAAUUUUCAUUUUGAAGAGGCAAGAAUUUUUCUCAUAUAGGUAAAUCUGUACUGUUGGUUUCGUUCUUCAGUGAUGUUAGCCUACUUUGGGACCGAAGAUUUAACCCGCGAGUCGGUGAUAAUCACUAGAAUAGAGCACUUGCUAUUCAUUAAUGGAAAUGUCAUUGAUGAAUGCGGAGACAAUUUUUAGUUUCUAGGGCGGUUUUUCCCCCAGCUUCUUUGAUUGUCAAUAUUUUGGUUUUGAUGGUAAUGUGUUUGCUUGUUUUUUUUUUUCGUGUAAACAUUUUAGAAGCAGAAUUUAUUUAGCAAAAACGUGAAAAGAAAAGAAAAUACACGGAAUCUUGUGUUUAUUUGUUACUCGCAUGUAAUUAUCAUUUUUCAUAUCCGUUUAGAAGAUAACUUCAUCAAACAGAAUUGAUGUCCUUUGAAUGUUUAAACUACCACAGUUCAAACUUUGAAUUUGUCGAUUUUUGUGAAUUUUCAUUCCUCAUCGUGUGUAUGAAAUGCCCAACUUUCCAUUUUGAAACUUUUCCCUUCAAGAUCGGUUUCUUUUUGCAGGUCUUUUUCUAAAAAUAUAAUUUGUUCGAAUAGCCGAAUAUGGCAAUUUUUGGGGAACACUAAGGCAUCACGGGGAUUUUUCAGUUCAACAAAAGUUGAUUCUCAUAUAUUGUUUUCAUAUUGAAAAAGGUUCACUUUCUAUCGCCACAGUUGUACGUGUAUUAGAAUAAUUUUAGCUGUAAUCCAAUUCUCGGACAUCUUGACGCGAGGGUGUGAAAAUGUACCCUGCUGAAUAAUUUGUAAGUCGCUCCAGAAUAAACAUUCGUAAAGAUGGGAUUACACCUCUAAUAGACACUCAGAGACAGCUUUGAAGGUAUGUUAUCAAAACAUAUACGUAAAAGGUCUUAAACUUUCACGUUCUUUUGAUUAGGUUAUCUCUGUUUUCCUUAGUAGCUGCUAAUCAGCAGUUUUUACUUCUCCACAUGGGAUUUUGGCGUCUGUAAAUAACCUGGGACUUUUGAGAUUAUGACGAAGGCAGCUGCGUAAUUAGAUAAAUGUUGACAACAAAACUUUGGUUUACAAUCUAUCUCCCUUUCAGGAGUUCAAGCAUCAUAUAGAUCUCGUGGGCUACCACCAAGCUAUGUUGUACAUUGAAAACUUAAAAAAUCUAAAGAAAUUUUUUUGACCUUAGGGACGGGAACUUGAAAGAAUUUUGCGUGGGUUGAAUCGUAUUGUUUCAUGCGAGUGUUAAUUAAAAUGCGAAUGGAUUAAUCAAGAAGUGAAUAUAAUGUAGGUUUGAUCCAUUGUUCAUCAACUCAUGAGACAUUCUGAGGACGAAUAUUCAGGAAAUAUUGCUUGCGCUGCACAUGAAACGCCUAAGUUGUCAAGCCUAUCUUAAUCGGUUCUUUUCUAUUUUUCAGUUUGGAUUUGUAUUUCGGACGGAAACUUCGGGAUUCAAUUUCACCUGAAUGCAACUUAGUCUGAUUUCCUCCGCAGCACAUCUCAACUUCAGCCAUCAAACGAAAGGUUAAUACUCCUGUUUGUCUGGCCCCCUGUGCCAAUAUUCCAGCUUGCAACCCUGGCGAAUCCAAUUACUCCAAUCAUGGGUGACAACCUGGCUCUGAUAAUCAGCUUCAUAUUUCUUUCAAGUUUAGUCUUUGUGACAAACUUUAUAGUAUGUUUGCUGGUUUACUUGCGCAAAAGUAUGAGGACUUAUACCAAUGGUUUCGUCGUUUCGCUGGCAUUUAGCGACAUGUUGAUCGGUAGCAUAUUGAUUCCUGCCUCGCUUCUGAUUCCUGAUUCUAAGAUAAUGGGUUAUUUGGUUUCAAUAACUCUUCUGUCUGGGGUCUUCAACUUAGCAGCAGUGACUUUCGAUCGUUACAUUUCCGUGUUAAAAGCUUUGCACUACGAAAGUCUUAUGAGAAAAAACUUUUUAAAGAUGAUUAUCUCUACAUGGGCCGCAGCGUUAGUGAUAUCUCUUGUCCCCCUCAUCUGGGACACAGACGGGGAUAAGUUAGUACACAAAGUUUUUGUCCUUACGGUGCUCACUCUGUGCGUUUUGGUACCGUACAUGUUUAUUUUCACAGGCUACUUAAAAAUAUUUCAACAAGUCAAAAGAAGUGUCGCGCGCGAACGAGCAAUAACAGCUUCUGUCAGGAAAAAUUUGCUACGUCAGAAGAACAAGAUUUCUUCAGAAGCAAAGCUAGCUCAGGUCUUCAUCAUAGUCGCUGUAAUGUUUGUUCUAAGCUGGUUGCCAAUACAGUUUAUGACAAUCGCAUACGAAAUUGGGCGUCGCGACCUCAUUCCUAAUCACCUAAGUACUGUCUCGCUCUUUACGGUCGCUCUGGGAUCUCUUGUUAAUCCAAUUGUGUAUUCUUUUCUCAAGCCAGAUUUUAGAAAAUGUAUUCAACAUGUUUUUCGUCAUCGUAGGAGACGUUUCGGUAGAAAUGGAACUCCGGCUGGGAGUCUGAAGUCAACGUCUAGCACAAAGGCACGAUCAACAACGUCCGCGAAAAACGCGGCUGACACGCGUGUGUGA